GCUAUGCUCGUGCCGCCGGACAUGAUGGCCGCCCAAACGCGCAUGGUCUAUCAGAUGAACCGAUUCUGCGCGGAGAGGGUUCAGGCCAGGAUGUUUAAGACGGCCACUGCCAUUCGUGAGAUCUGUAAGAUUGUCCAGGAUAUCCUCAAGGAAGUGGAGCUACAAGAACCGCGAUUUAUCUCCAGUCUGGUAGAAUGUAAUGGCAGAUUCGAGGGCGUUGAGGUUAUAUCCCCGAAUGAAUUCGAGAUAGUCCUGUAUCUGAACCAAAUGGGCGUCUUUAACUUUGUGGACGAUGGCACUCUGCCGGGAUGUGCUGUCUUAAAGCUAAGCGAUGGCCGAAAGCGUUCCAUGUCCCUGUGGGUGGAGUUCAUCACGGCCAGUGGAUAUUUAUCCUCCCGUAAGAUUCGCGCCCGUUUCCAAACUCUGGUGGCCCAGGCCUGUGAUAAGAGUGUCUAUCGGGAUAUGGUCAAAAUGGUGGGCGAUACCAGUGAGGUAAAGUUGCGAAUUCGAGAACGUUUCGUAGUCCAGAUAACGCCCGCUUUCAAGUGCUCUGGGAUUUGGCCAAGAUCGGCGGCACACUGGCCGGUUCCCCAUUUGCCCUGGCCACAUCCCAAUAUCGUGGCGGAGGUCAAGACGGAGGGUUUCGACCUUUUGUCCAAGGAGAGCGUCGUCAUGCAGAACAAGAACAAUAAUGCCGCCAGCAUGGAGGGCGAUGCCUGGGUACUAAGCUUCUUCGAGGCAGAAAAUCGCCUCUUACAAGGAGGCUGUCGUCGUCGUUGCUUGAGCAUGCUGAAGACCCUGAGGGACAGGCACAUGGAACUCCCAGGCAAUCCCAUCAGUGCUUACCACCUGAAGAACCUUUUGCUUUACGAGUGCGAGAAACAUCCGCGGGACUUUGAGUGGGACGAGAGCUGUAUUGCGGACCGGAUCAAUGGGAUCUUCUUGCAGCUGAUCUCCUGCUUACAGUACCGUCGAUGUCCACACUAUUUCCUUCCGGGAUUGGACAUGUUCAAAGGGAAAUCCCCCAGUGCUUUGGAGCAGGCAGCCAAACAGGUGUGGCGAUUAACCCGCGAGCUCCUAACAAAUGCCAAUGCUUUUGAGAAGUUGUAAGGGGAUAUGGGUUGGGGUUUAAGGAAUACGGUGGGUCGAUAUUGGUUAGGAAUCAUGCUUAGAACUAAAUUUGGGAAUAAACUGGAAAGGUUCUUUGGAGACUUUAGACCUUUUAUCGUCUUAAAUUUGUUUCCAAAGUAAAAGGAGAACUUUCUUGUUAGUCAAAUCUUAACAAAACUCAUAGAGCGAUGGGCUUAAUCCCUUUUUAUCUUGACUUUAGUUUGUUUUCACUUAUAAAGCCUUGAUUUUGUAUAUUAGUUUUACUCUUUUAUAUUAUAGUUAUUAUCUUUCAAUAUCACUAACUCUAACUUUUACUAAUAUUCACCCUAGUUAGUAACCAUAUUUAUGAACAAAGUUCAUAGAGGCAAACUACAUAUAUUAUUACCCAGUUUAUGAUUUUCUUAGUCAAACAAAUAUCGACCCAUCUGACAAAGGGGGAGUGUGUGUCUGUGUGAGGUGCUAAGUCAGCCGGAGAUGAAAGAUAGCUCCUUGGCGGCCAUUUUGUGCCAUGUCCGUAUGCCUGUGUUUGCGAGUGCGAAAGUGUUAAUGCGGAGAUGCGAGAUAAGUCCACUCCCCAUUCCCACUCGACUCGAGUUGAGAUCUGAGAUAUACCAUAUAUACCCAUCCAGGCGUUCCGGCUAAGCCUCAAAUAUUGUUUUUAAUAACUCGCCCCUCGGCGCUCACGACGCAUCCUUUGUUUGCCUGGCGAACAAUGGCUAUGCCAAUGGAUUCCAAACUCCCGGAUGGAACAGAAAAUUGGGAAACCAAAAAAAUGAGCAUUUGUCCAGGCGGCGGCUUUCCUUUAACACGGAGCCACUCAACGUAUACGAUUGUUUCACAGUUUGCAGAUCCUAGAUCAAAGCAAAACGAAACACAAAAAAAACUAAAACCGAGAGAGAGAGAGAGAGAGAUUCCAUUGAUCGUUCCAAGUCCAACUUUACAUUGUUUUUUUACUACUUAUAUAUAUAUACAUAUGUCGAUGUCUAUUAUGGGAUGCCUAACAUUUACCACGAUUAUCCACAGUUUGUUUUAAGUACAACAUAAUCCUAGAUUGCUUAAGUAAAAAUGGAAAUGCUUGAAUAAAUUCAAGAAGAGCCAAAGGCAACA